AUGUCUCAGACGAUUAGAGAUAUAGCUUCGCCAGUGAUUGCAGCAGCCGCAGCAGCGACUACGACGGACUCGUAUUAUUCGGGUCCCUUGCCUAAGUUGGGUUUCAACAGUGCGAUGGCAGGUAUCUUUUUUGCAUUUCUAUUGUACCACACAUGGGCCUGCGUGUACACGAAACAGUGGUGGUUCGGUGGUUCGUUCAUGUGUGCAUGUAUUUUGGAAGUUCUUGGGUAUAUCGGUAGAGCGUUGUCUCAUCAGCACGGUGGUGAUCAGUCUGAUUACUAUGUGUUGCAGAUGGUUUGUUUGACGAUUGCGCCGGUGUUUUCGAUGGCCGGAAUAUAUUUCCAGUUGGCCAAGUUGAUUGAGAUAUACGGGCACCAGUUUGCGCUCUUGCCGAAUCCGUUAAUGUACUCAUACAUUUUCGUUGCGUGCGAUAUCGUGUCGUUGGCUAUCCAGGCUGCCGGUGGUGCCAUGGAUGCUAGUACUAUCAACGACAGUACCGCUUCGGAAACUGGUAGUCAUAUCUUUGUUGCCGGUCUUGCUGUGCAAACGGCUUCUAUGAGUGCGUUCUUGUACUUGUUUUUCGAUUUCCUGUUCAAGAUCUUCGUCAAAACAAGAGCCGAGUACUUGGGUGUCUCCGUCUGGAAAUGGGGCGCCCUAUGGAAGGUCAAACAGAGCGAAAUCGAUCACCUCUACAGACCAAAGUAUGCCAUGAUCAGAGACGGAAAGCGUUGGACUUUCCGCUACUUUAUUCUUGCCAUCACUGCCGCCACAGUUUUCAUCUACAUCCGUUGUAUUUACAGACUUUGCGAGUUGGCCGAGGGUUGGACCGGUUACUUGAUUUCUCACGAGUGGUUCUUCAUUGCUUUGGAUGCCUUGAUGGUCUCGUUCGCUACUUUGAUCUUGUCCAUCUGGCACCCAGGGUUCGCCAUCAUGGGUAGACACUUGUUCAUCCCAGUCACGGCACAGGGCAGAAACCACAUUGACGACGCCGACCCAGAAUCGAUCCACUCCACCAGCGAAAGCAACGAUUUAAAUAACACAGAAGAAAAGACAGAACCAAAACGCGGCGGCGGUGUAUUGUCUAGCGUCUUCAGAAGAAAGAAGCAAAAGGACUCUGAAGACGUCACCACCAUCCCAAUCGAACAGGAUGAUGGUCUUUUCACGCGUAACUUAAACGAAGAUUCAAACGAAAACAAUGAAGAUGACGACGACAGAGAGAGUCAUGAGUUACAACAACAACCAAGAAACAGUAGCAACCUAAAUUUUAAUAAUGCUACUCUCUAG